UUUAUUUAGAAUUUAUAAUCUUUUAAAAUCCAUCAAAAUCUUAAUUGAGAACACCAUAAGACUAUGCUUAAUCCCCAUGCUUCUUCCGUCCAUUGAUCUCUUGCAAUUUCUUGAUCAUACCUAAUUAUAAUCAUAGUUCUCCAUGUUGAACAAUCAAAGAGCCAUAGCCAGCACGAGCUGGAAUAAUGAAGAAGACAAUGAAGACGAACAUAUUAGAGAAAUCCAUACACUAACCCCAUCUCGUCUACAGAGAAUGAUUGCUUGGGAAACAAGUAGCCACAGAUCAUCAAAUCUGUCCAUGACCAGCAGUACUGAAAUUGAAAAUUUCACCACCGUGAGUAGAGAAUUCAAUGCUUUAGUUCUUGCUGGAUCCUCCAUCGGAAACAGCAAUAGCCAGCCAGAAAACGACGUUCCCAUGGCUGCGAAUAGUGUUAGCAACUUGGGGAGGAUCCGGGAGGAGGAAGUGCCAGAAGAAACCAACUCUUCGGCCGUUGUGCCCGAUAAUAAUCCUCUGGACAUUCCUGCCUCAGUUCAAUCAACCCAAGGUAAUCAAAGGGAAAUAUCAGUGCAAAGUGUGAAGAAAGAAGAGGUGGAAUCGAAGAUUAACGCAUGGCAGAAUGCAAAGAUCGCGAAGAUUAAUAAUAGGUUUAAGAGAGAGGAUGCUGUGAUCACUGGUUUGGAGAGUGAGGAAGUGCAGAAGGCGACUUCUUGGAUGAAGAAAGUAGAGAGGAAGCUGGAGGAGAAAAGAGCAAAAGCCCUUGAGAAAAUGCAGAAUGAUAUAGCCAAAGCACACAGAAAAGCACAAGAAAAAAGAGCAUCAGCAGAGGCUAAAAGAGGAACAAAAGUCGCUAGAUUUCUUGAAAUUACAAGCUUGAUGAGGGCCGUGGGACGACCUCCGAUUAAGCGUUCCUUCUUUUAAGCUCUCGAUAUACAAGAGUUCAGAAUUCCGUUGGUUUUCUUAUUGAGUAUUGUCUAAUAUUGUGCAUUUACACGAGUACCACACAAGGAAGUGUGGCAUUGAAUGUAGAAAAUAUAGGGUGUGAAAU